AUGUGUACUGGUGAGGUAGAACACCUACGGCACUUGUUCUUUGAAUGUGGCUUCGCAAAAGAAUGCUGGCAACAGAAAGGUUUCGACUCUAACGUGUGGGACAUAGAAAGCAGCCAUGAAUGGUUACUUCAUACUUUGGCUAAUGGUCCAGAUGAGAUUUUGGUUAAAAUGGUAUCAGUUCUCUGGGGAGUAUGGUUUGCAAGUAAUAAACGCAUUUUUGAGAAUAGAUUUAUGUCACCAGCCACUGUCAUGGCUUGGAGUGCGAAACAAAUCUUAGAGUGGCAAAUAGCUAAUAUUAAAGUCUCAUUUUCACCACACCUGAGCAACAGACAACAGGGAGAUGGUCGGAAGUGGCAAGUUCCAGAGCAAGGGUGCUUAAAAAUUAAUGUUGAUGCAUCGGUUGUGGACGGACAAAACUCAUUUGGCAUUGGUAUGGUUUUAAGAAAUCACCAGGGGCACUACAUUACAGGAAAGAAGAUGAGAUUUGCAGGCUCUUUCUCGGUUAUGGAAGCUGAAAUGACAGGUAUUACUGAGGCACUGACUUGGGCACAGAAUUAUACAAAUGCAGUAGUGAUCGAAAGUGACUCUUUGCUAAGUGUUGAGGCAAUUCAGAAUGGCCAGGAGAACUUACUGGAGCUUGGUGACCUUAUUCAUCAAUGCAGGAACAUUCUGAGACAUAAUGAUCGACUCAAGCUUAAUUUUGUUAGGAAGCAAGCGAACAAGGUUGCGCAUAGCAUUGCGAGAAUUCCUUGUGAGCUAAAUAGUUCCAUUGUAAUCUCGUCUCCUCCAUUCUUUUUGUUGGAGACAAUAUUGUCCGAAAGUUUGGCGUUUUAA